AUGGACGGUGAUGCAAUCCCUACCACGCAGGACUUUCCUGGGCAUGUUCAACCAGGCGGGCCAGGUGAAGCUGAAAAGGAGCUGGGAGACCAGAAGCAAGGCCCGGAGGACUUCGAGAGGGCUCCGGGUCCGACUGUCGACGGCCAGCUCCCGGGCCCACCUGUGUCUUGGGAGCGGUCGGAUGAUGCUGCAGACAUCACCACCCGGGCCGCAGACAGCACCGACUGCUUAGAGCCUGCAGCCGCGCCUCAUGCCACGGAAGUCUUCCCGGCCGAGAAUGCCGCGACACAGGCUGCUGUGGUGCUGCCCACGGCCCCGGUGCUCGACAGUCACAGCGGCGAGGAUGUGCAGGCAGAGCUGCAGACAGCAAAGCUGGAACUUCCAUCGGCAGCAGAGAUGCAACUUCCGGGAGGUGAUCACCCGGAUGAGUCGAAGAAGAGCAUGGACACACCCUCAGAGGAGCCUCCAACGCCAGCGGCCGCGAUGGCGUCUCCGAUAGGUGAUGUCCCAGAUGCAGCGAAGGGCACGGAUGCCUGGGAGGAGCAGCUGGGAGGCAUGGCAAACACCAAAACAUUGAUUGGGCCAUACUCUGUCGGGGGCACCAUCGGCAAGGGCGGCUUUGGCUGCGUGUACAAGGCCAUGGACCAGCAGAGGGCCUUGUUUGUGGCCAUUAAGCAGGUGAGCUUGGGAGGCUUGCACAGCGGUGACAUCAGCCAAAUAGAGGUAGAGAUUAACUUGCUGUCCAAGCUGAAGCACAAGAAUAUUGUGAAGUACAUUGACUCCAUCCGGACUGACACCCACUUGAACAUUGUUCUCGAGUUUGUAGAGGGUGGAUCCAUCGCCGCCAUCAUAAAGAAGUUCGGAGCUUUCCCAGAGUCUCUGUGCGCCAUCUACACGCUGCAAAUUCUGAAAGGCUUGAAGUUCUUGCAUUCCCAAGGCGUUAUUCACCGAGACAUCAAAGGUGCGAAUGUCCUCACGACCAAGACUGGGAUCAUCAAGUUGGCCGACUUUGGGGUGGCAACGAAACUAAGCGAGAUCGACAGCUCAAAGCGGCGCGUCGUCGGUACGCCCUACUGGAUGGCACCGGAGACGGUUGAGAUGAGCCCACCCACACCUGCCAGCGACAUUUGGAGUGUGGGGUCAACAGUGGUGGAGAUGAUCACAGAGAAGCCACCGUAUGCAGAUUUGCCGCAGAUGUCGGCUCUUUACCGCAUUGUAUCCGACAAUCACCCGCCCCUGCCAGAGGGCUUUUCUGAAGCUCUCGACGCAUUCCUGUUACGGUGCUACGAGAAGAACCCGUUGCACCGUGCUGGAGCUGCAACCCUCCUCGAGGACCACUGGAUUCAAGCAAACAAGAAACACACACUGGAGUUCACGCGCCAAAUGCUUACCCCGAAGGUGACACAGAAGGAAUCGCCGCAGAGGAGUGUGGAGGAUGAGGAGGAGGACAGCGGUGAGUCUGGAGCUGAGGAGAUGGAGGCAUUCACCACCCUGAUCCGGGACACGCUAGUGACGCAGCAGCGACCAGGCAUGGAGGCUUUGGGGCUUCCCAGCAGCGUGCAUGACUCCCACGAGCUCGAGGUGCGAAGCCUGGACAAGACUUCCAGCGAGAAGUCGUCAAGUUCGCGAUCUUCCAAGCAGGGCACGGUGAAGUACCCAAUUGAAGAGGGAGCCGAUGCAGGGACAAACCUCGACGAGUAUCCAUCCAGGAAGCUCUUGGAGUCCCUGCCGGAGGGGAGCAUACCUGAAGCCUCCAAAGGUGAGGCGCAGGAGGUCAACUCCGAGGAGCUUCGAGGUUAUCAUUUUGCUUUCCUGGAUUACUACAAGGAGUACUGCGAAGCCAAGCCCUCUGUCCAGGCGGAGUCCGGAUCCAGGCAGACCGACUCCCUGCGAAGGCGACCGAACCGACCUCCGAGCGGGCAGCUGCGGGCCAAGGAUGUGAUCCAAGACGACUCCAAGGAGAACCGUGAGCGGCAGCGGGCGGCUGCAGAGAUCAAGAGCCUCCUUUCCAGCAUCCGGCCUUUCGAGGAGUCGGGAGUUCUUGUUCGGGUGUGCAAACGGCUCACGGAGCUGUUGCAGCAGGGCAUGCAGCAGGGAAGCAGCAGCAAAGACAGCAUCCAGCAGUUGAUCAUCGAGCAUGGGGUGGUUCCCAUCGUGGAAAUGCUUCAAGUCACGGACCCGAUGCUGCUCCGGCAGGUCUUGAAAGUGGUGAACCAGAUUGUUGCAGAAUGGAAUCAUGACUUCCAGGAGCUCUUCAGCAUGGUCGGACUGAUCCCCGGCGUUAUCAAGUUUGCUGGAUCUGAGUUUGCCCGCGACUUGCGGGUAGAGGCUGGUACCUUCAUCUCCCGGCUCUGCAGCUCGGGGUCCAGCAGCCUUCAGAUGCUUAUAGCCUGCGGUGGACUGGAGGCCAUUGUGGAUCUCAUCUCCUACGACUACUACCAGAAUCGGGACUUGGUCUGGAACGCACUGGAUGCAGUGAAUACAGUGAAGAAUAAGAAGAGCAGCCAUAGCCGAGAUCUCUGCCGGAUCCUCGCGAAGCGUGGCCUUUGUGGGCACCUUGUCCUUUUGAUCGACAAUCUGGCCACAGACAUCCAGGAAAAGGCCGCCCACUAUUUGCAGGAGGUUAUCAGAAUCCUUGGCUUUUUUGCCAAGACCGGAGAUUCUGUGGUCAAGGCCUACAUGGCCAAAGCGCCCGUGCUGGAGGGGCUUAUUGCUUCGCUUGAGUACUUGCCGCCCCCUUUGGCGGCUGAAGUCUGUAGGAUUUUCAAGCACCUUUCUCAAGAGCCGUCCGUCCUCAACAUGAUGGAGAACGUUGGGCUCGUCCCUGUUCUGGUUUACCACAUGAAGUUGCACAGCAUCUUCGAGAAGGGGACUUGGGACGGCACGGAGAAGGACCUCGAGAACGAGAAAGCCCAAGAUGCCUGUAGCCAGUGCUUGCUGGCACUCUCGAACCUUUGCAAACUCUCGCGCCCUCGGCAAGAGCAGGCCGCCUUAGCCGGUGCCAUUCCAAAGCUGCAAGCUUUGGUUGAAAGAGGUCAUCCUUUGCAGGAGUACGCUUUCGUGAUGAUCUGUGACAUGGCUUGCGCUUCCUUGGCCACACGGAAGUCCUUAUGGACAGAGGACGGUGGGCCUUUCCUUGUUCGAAGCCUGGCCGUGCCUGAGACGCAGGUCCCGGCUCUUGAGGCCUUAGUUGGCUGGUUUGGUGUGAAGGAGCACAAGGCAAACUGGUGUGAGCGCCUGGAGGGCAAGCUGCUAAAGGGCCCCGACUUCCUCAUGCGCCUGUUUGCGCUGUUCCGGAGCGAGGACAAGGAUGUAUUUCUGAAGAUCUUGGACCCCUUGGUGAAGUUGGUGAGGAUCUCCUCCGAGACCAACGCUGCGCUGGCGAAUAGCGACCAGUUUCUGGCCGAGCUCCUCCGGAGGUUAGAGGGCGAAGGCAACAGCGACAGUCCCGAUGCGAGCAGAGUGGCCAGCAGCGCGCGGUUCAACUCUGACGACUUCUUCGGCAACCCUGGACUAGGGAGAGCUGCUCUCGAGGAGACGAGCCUCAACGGCGUGCGCCGACUUGUCUCCGCACAGCCCGGCGCUCUCGCCGACAAUUCUGUGCGAGCACGGCAAACUCUCCUGCGGCUGCUCUUGCAGCUUUGUCAGCCCUUGAGCAAGCCGCAACUGGCCGCGCUGGUGCAGCGCUUCCGCCUGAAAUCCCACUUGCAGCGCGUUCUGGCAGAGGAGCGGCGCAAACAGCGCGUGAUUCUCAGCGCCAUCGCGUCGCAGCUCCUGGCAAUGUUCAUGGAAGCCGCCCCAGGAGAUUUGGACAUCAACCCGAACGCAGAGGCUGGCAUUAGGCUCCAGAACGUGUUCCUUCAGCUUCCUUCAGCAGCUGCGGUUCUGCGCCUCAGGGGCCCUGGCGACGUUCGCAUUGACGUCGGCGACUCCAUGCCGACGCCCUCGCAAGAGCGGGAGCUGUAUGAUUUGCUGAAGGUGGAGCCCGACGCAACGGAAGAUGUUCUCAGGGGUGCCUACAAACGCCGGGCACUGGAAUUGCAUCCAGACAAGGGCGGCAACGAGGAGGACUUCAAAGCGAUGCCCGUUUAUCUCAGAGGCAAAUCCCAGGCUGGGCUGUGGCUAAGUAGGAAAGGUGCCUACGAUGCGAGGGGCUCGGUUGUUCUCACUGACCCGGAGAAGAGGACAGUCUACGAUCAGCAUGGGAAGGAAGGCCUGCGGCAGCUGGAGAUGGCCAGGCAGAUGGAGGCAAAUGGGUUUUUCUCGCCGAUUCAGUGGCUCCUGAGCCUGUCGCCAGGCAAACGACAAGUUCUGGCACUGCUGGUCGUGCUGGUGGCGAUGUUCUUCAUGCUGCCCUUCGUGCUCACCACAUUGAAGUGGGACGGAACUGCUGGAUUUCACUGGGCCAUUGUCCUGAUCCCCGUGUGGCUGCUUCAGUUGCCCGUCUGUUUCCUUCAACAGUGCGUGGUGCCGGAGCCGCCACAGGGCGACGAGGAGGAAUGGGGCGAGGACGAGCGCACAAAGUUCACGCAGCAGAAGCAGGAGCACCACUGGCUCCGCUUCGAAGGCUUCGUCUUUUCGGGGCUCCUCCUCAUCUUCCAGCUCUUGCUGCUGCUACGCUUGGAGGACGACAUCUCCGUUUCUUGGUUUGUAGUGAUGUUGCCCUGGAUCCUCCUGGAGGUAUGGUGGGUGGUGCUCAAGGUCAUGGUUGCUCCCGUCCAGUGGACAAGGGCUGAUGCCACGGCUGCAGCAGAGGCGCUUGUGAACGCUGGCACUGUGUGGAAGUCAUUGAAGUUCUGGUGCUUCCUGCUCAGCUUUGUGCAACUGGGUGCGAUGCGGCUCGUUGCAGUCCUGCUGCUUGCAGAGUGCGCUGAUUCUGGCAGCACGUCGUGGUGGGUCGCCCCUGUGCCCCUGUACGUUGCUGCUGCCUUCAGCAUCAUCAAAGCAGCAGUGGACACUUGCGGCUCAUCGCCGCAACCGAACUCAGGUCCCGCAAUGGUGGCCACCAGCCUGAGUGUGGCUGCAUGGUUGACCAUGGUACUCCUGGCCGUCGGCAAGCUGGAUGGUGGCAACUAUUCUGCUGGAUUGGUGUUCUCGCCGAUCUUUGCCAUCUUUGGUCUGGUGACGUGCUGCUUUUGCAGUGUCGUUGGAUGGUGCCCGCGUGAUCAGUUGGAAAACGUGGCCAAACAGGAUAUGCCGACUCACAACGUGAGCGGUUUUCAGCGUGCUGAGUACCUUGGCUACGUUGACAUGUCUGACGUCCGUUGCGAAGCACGGCGGUUCGACUCGUGCGGCUUGGGGAGGAACCGACCUUGUUCUUUCAACACCAUGGCCCCAAGCACCAUGAUGUCGGCGGCAGCCCUGGCGGCCUGCGCGGCCCCAGCAAUGGCCUUUGUGCCAGCCGGUCAGAGCCUGCGGGGCUCCCCAGGCAACGAGCCUGCAAGCAUGGUUCAGGGCAGCUCUCGCUCGAGCUCUUAUGCCUCCACAGGCCUUGCCGCAGCAACUGUGGCUGUGGCCGGUGCCACAGCUCUGUCCAGGCCAAUCCAGCGUCGGGUUGAGCGAAAGGUCGUCGGGGUUUGCUUGCCUUUGACUGACAAGUUUGACCCGCUGAACCUGGGCAGCACGGAUGCAAAGAUGGAGCGAUACACUGCCGUUGAGAUUAAGCACGGCAGGGUUGCCAUGAUCGCCGUCGUUGGCUACAUAAUGCCGGAGAUCUUUCGCUUCCCAGGAUGCGAAGACUUCAAGCACGGCUUAGGUGCGCUGGAGAGCAUCCCCGUUGAGGGCUGGGUGCAGCUCUUUGCUUUGGUGGGUGCUCACGAGGUCCUCGUGAAGCCUCGCGAGGGAGGCCUCGGUAGCUUCGACUUUGGCUUGGGCACCGAGCUCUUGGAUGGCAUCGACGACGAGGAGCUGGAGCGCAAGCAGACCUCCGAGCGCAACAACGGCCGCCUGGCGAUGGUUGCUAUCCUUGGCCUCAUGUGGCAAGAUGGGACUUUCGGCGAGGCUCCGCUGAGCUACAUGAACAAGUACGGCUUCUGGGGGGAGCCGGUGCAGUACAUCGUUUCGCACAUUGCGAAUUGCCAGUCCUUCAGCGGCAGUUAUGUGGACAAUGGAGGCUUGUGCGCCCUUCCUCGGGGCCGAACCAGCAUGCAGGCCGUGCAGAAACUCUCCGAGGGUGUCUGGGUUGAGAAUGAGACCUACCCGAAGGAAAUGGAGAUGUCUCCUUCUGUGCCCUUCCUCAGGUAUCCGCAGGUCCUCAAAGGUUGGGUUGGGGACAAGGGUUUCGAUCCUCUCGGGGUGACGGAUGCGCUGCCAGUCUACUGGGUGCGAGAGGCAGAGCUCAAGCAUGGGCGUGUCUGUAUGCUCGCCACGGUCGGAUGGAUUGCUACCGACCUCGGUGCAAGAUUCCCAGGCGAGAAGUUCCAGAGCGUUGCGAACAGCGUCGAGGCCCACGACAAGAUGGUGGAGGCCGGCUACAUGCUGCCUUUCCUGGGUGCCGUCGGAAUCUUCGAGCUCUUCUCCCUUUGGCUCUUCUUCCAGUCCUGGCCCAUUGGGGAUGGCAUCAACCGCGAGGCCGGGGACUACUGGCUCGGCAAGCAGCCUAAGGAGCCCGAAAAGGAGAAGGACAUGCGCCUGAAGGAACUGGAGAACGGGCGCCUUGCCAUGUUUGCCUUCAGUGGCAUUGUCACCCAGGUCCAUGCCCUCGCGAGGCUCAAAGUCUCGAGCCGCCCGAGUGCAGAGCCUAUCCUCCUAGCAGCCAUCAAGCGUGAGCGCAGGUCCCUACGGAACCGGGAGGAGGUGUUGGACUGGCUCAGGGACUCUGCAAAGAAGCGCAGGUUGGGCUUUGGCGAGUUGGACUUUGCCCAGCAGACAUUGGCAGAUCAGGCUAGACUCAUGGCUUCGACCGCCCUUUUCGUGGCCUCAAUGGGUGCGACACUUCUCGCUGGGAUUCUCCUCCCAGCAGAGGCGGCAGUGAUCGCUCUGCCUGCGUGCCACAAGGUGGGCCCUGGCAGGACGGUGACCUGCGAGACCGAACAGAUUUUGGCUGCAUGCGGCCUGCGAUGGGGCGAGUAUCCGGUGGAGUUUGACGACGUCUUCUACACUAUCGGUCGCGGCUUCGAUUUCACUGCACGUCACGAUGUCCUGGAAUCAUUGAUGGACGAGCUGUUGCCCGAGACACCCUGGCUCGAGAAAAUGGCCCACUAG